AGAACAGAUAGUAACUAAACUUUACUGAGGUGCAAAUAUUUCUCCAACAGCAUAGCAGAAAACAGCUUUCCCUGCCCUUCCUCCGCUAUAAGUGCUUCAGUAUCGGAAAUCCCUUCCUUUCCAAUCUUCCUCGAUUUUCUCAAUCCAAAACCAAAAUGACCAUCCUCUACCCCUAGUCUUCAUUUUCCGUAACCCUCCCUCCAUUUCUAGGGUUUCCGCCAUGGCUGAGUGGCAGCCCCUCCUCCAAUCCAUCUUCGUCGGCCUCAUUGUCUCUUUCCUCAUCGCCAAGCUCAUCUCCUCCGUCCUCGCCACCAAGCACGACACUCGCGCCUCCCCUCCCGAACCUCACACAACCGGUGCCGUUCCUGGACCUGGGCUUGGGACCACUUUCACAAGGUCCGAUGCUGACGAGACCGAGUCCGUAUCGGCUGAGCAGGGGAGCCCGACUCACAGUGGAGUGGGCAGCGACAGUGACGACGACGACGAUUGGGAAGGCGUGGAGAGCACGGAACUCGAUGAGGCGUUCAGUGCUGCGACCGCGUUUGUUGCGGCCGCGGCGGCGGAUCAGCGAUCUCAGAAGGUGUCGACGGAUGUGCAGCUGCAGCUCUAUGGGCUUUACAAGAUUGCCACCGAAGGUCCCUGUAGUGUGCCGCAACCCUCAGCGCUGAAAAUGACGGCUCGAGCGAAAUGGCAAGCAUGGCAAAAAUUGGGUGCUAUGACUCCUGAAGAUGCGAUGCAGAAGUACAUUGAUAUUGUUACAGAGCUAUAUCCCUCAUGGCUUGAUGGAGCUUCACUUUCGAGGGACAAAGGCAGUGAUGGUGACAGUGGCGGCUCUGGUUCAGAGUCUAAGGGACCAAUGGGACCAGUAUUCAGCAGCUUCGUGUUUGAAGAGGACUCUGGUAGUGACUUGAAAAUGGACGCCAUUCAUGGAUUUGCCAGAGAAGGGGAUGCGGUUAAUCUACUCAAGUGUGUUGAAAAUGGUGUUUCAGUGAAUGUCAAGGACAGUGAAGGUCGGACACCAUUACACUGGGCCGUGGAUCGUGGCCACCAAUUCAAAACAUUCCAAUUUAAGUACUUAACAUAUUUGAGCUAAUCUAUAUGCUUUAGAGUUUUAGAGGAAUGGAAACAGGAUGGAAGCUAGCUUGAAUGUUAAAUUAAGUGUUAUUCCUUAUUGCAAUAGUUGCUUAACUAACACUCAAAGUUUAGCAUGUGCAGUAGAAGACCGUUCUAUGCAUUUUUACUUAUUUCCCAAUUGCUGAAUUUGAAAAUUUGCUUAUAUUGUCGUGUGUUAUACUUUUAUAAGGAUAAUGAUGGACAAACACCACUGCAUUACGCCGUUGUCUGUGAGCGGGAAGCAAUAGCUGAGUAUUUAGUGAAGCAUAAUGCAGACACAAACUUGAAAGACAACGAUGGCAGUUCCUCACGUGACAUAUGUGAGUUUAACUGGCCUUGUAUGCAGCGCAUCUCGGAAGCAAAUUGAUUCCCAGCCUGUUUCAGAACUGCUUUUGGCUGUAUAUCUUGGCAAAACACAACCUUGGGAAAAUCUAUUCAUACACAAUGCACAUACUAUAUAACUCAAUUUUUCACUCCUUAGUCGUUGGGAUAGCUACCAUUUUCACUGUACUCCCCGGAUAUGCACCUACUAGGAAAAUGGUUUAAAUCAAGUAUAUUCUGAAGAUUUCUAGUUUCCUUUGCUCAGCUCCAAAUUUAUGGUCCAUUACAUUUGAAAUUUGAUCACACAAGAUGUAUACAAGAAAGACUAGCAUCGGUAUACUUUUUUUGAAAGAGAGCAUGCUUCAGGAAAUAGGUAGUGAGAAGGGAGAGGUUUAAGAGAUUUGAAGUGGAGGAGGAAAUGAAGAGAUUUAUAGAGUAUGGUUCAGGGAAAUAUGUAUAACUCUAACUUUUAUUCUUUUACCACUUUAUAGGAGAGAUAUGUUUGAGGAUUU